CAACGAUAUAAAUUUAUUACACAUUUAGUAAAGACAGUUAAUUAUGUUCGUAAGCGUAUGUGCGAACACACAUCCCAUACACUCGUCUAUAAUAAGUUAAUAUCAGUCCAUCAUAUCAUUUGCUAAUAACCGUUGUGUGCAUACAUACGGGCGCUGUACUCUCGCCUAGAGAUCGUUGCAUUUAAUAAAGUGAUAUUCACUAAACAGUUUAACUAUUUGUUUUAAAAAAAGUUAUUCUAUAUAGAUAAAACUUAUUUUAAUAUUCUGUGUUUAAUAAGUUUAUUUAACUUAAUUUAAUUCAACGUGAAUUGAUUUAAACCCAAACAGAAUUCAUAUGCCUAUUGUGUUUGUAAAUCAAUCCCAACACCACCAACACGUUCAACAUCAGGCACCGGCACCACCGCCACCGCCAACAGCGCCGGCACCGCAACCGCCACUAAUACUAAGGCAACAACUAUUACAACAACAGCCGUCGCGACACCAAUACUAUCCCAACGACCAGACCAUUAGUGCCAAUAAGACAUCGAUGGAGGCCAUCAAGAUAUGUGUGGUCUGCGGGGAUCGGGCUAACGGCUAUAAUUUCAAUGUAAUCGCUUGUGAGUCGUGUAAAGCCUUCUUUCGACGAAACGCGUUGAGGAAAAAGGACUUUAAGUGUCCAUUCAAUGGCAACUGUAAGAUCGAUGCCAUCACCAGAAAGUUUUGCCAAAAAUGCCGAUUACAGAAGUGCUUCAACAGUGGUAUGAAAAAAGAUUUGAUACUAACGGAUGAGGAGAAGCGGAUCAUUAAGUUUAAAAUAGCCGAAAACAAACAGAAAAGGGUUAAACUGAGCGAUAGUCCCAACGGUUCGGUGGACUCGACCACAGCCGCCGCCCACGUCGGCCGACCCCUCGGACCCCUUUCCCACCCGCCGCCCCAUCACAACAGCCAACACCACAUGUCUGGUGUGAUCCCCACUGGCGUACCGAUGGGCACCUAUACUGCCAAUCAGUAUUUGUCGCAAAUCAUAAUGAAUAGCAACAACACGAAUAUCAGUAAUAACUUUCUCAACAACAAUCAUAACAUCAAUAAUAAUAAUAUUAAUCAUAUGAACAAUAAUCACAUAAAUCACAACAUUUUGCACAAUUGUUCGCAUAUUAUGUCAUAUAAUAUGGACUACAAUAAAGCAAAUAAGAGAAAACACAGCGAGAUCCAAAUGGCUGGCAGCCCAUCCCUACCCCGCAAUUGGCACGUGAACCACUCGGGCGACGAGAGCAACGGCUCCAACAACAGUAACCACAGCCGGCCGUCAGUCAUAAAAUUUUCGCCGAUUGAGGCCAAGAAGACUGCCAUGAAUUUAGAGGAAUUGGAGUUUUUUAACAAAUUUUUCUGUUUGAAUAAAUUGGAGGAAAUAUUCCGGUCGGAGAUCGAGAGCGACUCUCACAGCCCGUCAGCCCCGGGAGUCGUCGCCGUCGACACCGGCGACAAACUGACCAUAAAGUGCGAGAACAGCGACCCUAAAGAGGAGACAGUGGGCGCGUGUCGGGCGCUGACAGCGGCGCCCAUCGACCCGACGCCCGUCCAUCAC